ACAUUUUGUUCAAAACAGCAUCAGAAACUAGUGCGAACAGUACUGUAAGCGUAUUUUAGACGCAAGGUACGGAGACGUUUAAAUAUUUGCAAUAUUUGCUGAUUGUUCCAGUUUUUUAAGCUCUACGUGCACAUUUGUCACUUAUACACAAGAAUUAAGAACCGUUUUCAUCAAGUUACCAGUGGAAUAUGUCGGAGGUCAGCGGAAUUACUAAAGUUCCGACAUUCCGGUACGAAGACAAAGACUUCAACCUUGUCGUCACGACGGCCAACGGAUUAAAAUCCAGAUUUGAUUCGUUCCUCACAGAGAAAUGGCAAGAUGCAAGAGAAAACGGAAUAUUUUGGGUCGAUCUGAACAUUCCAAAAGAGAGAACUUUGCCAGGCAAUUACGGUUUCUUAGCCCAGCUGCAUCCGGAUAAAGGAAAAAAACGACGGAAGCUCCAAGUGAUCACGUCGAUGUUACAACCCUUCGAUUCCAGAGAAUUUAACUUUACGAAUUUGCCAAAUGAAGAGAUCUUGUUUGACGUUGGCAAUGGAGAUGGGAAUGACAUCGUGGCUGUAAACGUCAGCCCUUCUGGAAUGUACCACAGCUUACUGAUCGUCGAGCGAUUUAAAUGCUUACCGCAAAGAGCUACCAGGCAUAGUAUUGAAAAAGCUGUUGAUUUGAUGCUCCUGAGUAACUCGCCGUACUUCAGAAUAAUCUUCAACAGCUCAUGUGCGCACGCAUCUGUCAAUCACUUACACUGGCAUUUGUACUAUUUGAAACGUGACAUGCCGCUUGAAUCCAUAAAACUCAACCAUCUUCGAGGUCCUGUGUUUAUGCUGAAGGAAUUUCCAGCUAAAGGAUUUUGCUUGAAGUUGUCCUCGUUUUCGGAUCCCAACGCGAUCGGCGAUUUAGUUUCGUGGACGUACUUCAUCGUAGAUCGUCUCCACAAGUCCGAAAUCCCUUACAGUGUCUGUUUAACCAGAGCUAAGGAAAAUAUUGGCGAUAACGUUUAUGAGGAUGUUCGGGUUUAUAUUUGGGGACGAAAGCCUGGAACCAGGGUGACAAACCGCUUCGAUUUUGCGCCAUCUGUAUGCGAGUUUUUUGGACAUUUGAUAAUCACAAGUCGACAACUGUACGACGAAUUGACCGAAGAAUCGGUGGAUAAAAUUUUGAACGAUCUCACUUCGGAUAGCUUCUCGGCUGUGAGAGAUGAUGUGUUAGGAAUGGAUCUGAAUGGGAAGGAAUUGAUAAUGGCGCCGUGAAGAAAUUUAGGUCGAGACGAUAUUCCUGUAACAUUCCAUAAUAUUGAGCUGUAAAAUUUUUUAUAAUGUAUCUGCAAAAUCUGUUCAACAUGCAGGUACCCGCAAAAGCACCCCCUAAUUUACGUUUCAUUUGUAACGUUUCAGAACAUCCGAGUAACGGAAACUAUGUUUCAGCGACAUUUAUAUUGUAACAUUUCAUUUGUAGUAUACCUGUAAAAUCACGGUAAUAAAACGUAUCGUACGUUAGCGUAAUGCCACAUGAAAGGGUUUUUUUUGUAACGUUUUCCUGACGUUCAUGCAGCGUUUAUAUCAGAAUAAUGAAAAAAUUGCAUUUCUAUACUUUUCACGAAACGUUAUGCAUAUUGUCAAUAAAACAUAUUCUAAGAAUGUUUAUUUAUAAACAUUUAGGAGCCAUUAGGAAUAUUAUAUAUGACGGCGGCAAAGCAAAAAUGGUAUAAGUGGGGAGUCUAUAAAUAAACUGCAAAAAUGUUUGAAAUUGUCGACGAGUUAAGCUUGCAAAUAAAAAGUUUCAACAACAUUUGUAUAUUUCAAUGAUAUAUUGUAUCUUUUCAUUCUAUUUCUAUUAUAAUGAAAUAUUGUAUAUUUCAAUAAAACAAAACGUAGCACACGAAACAUUUCUGAAACAGUUGGCGACGUUCUUUCGUGUUAUAUUAAGAAUUGACUUUCCAGUUGCCAACAUGUGACAUUACCAGUAUGGAUCAUACAUAUUUCAGAUAGAUUGUUUCUUACAAACGUUCAAGAAAUGUUUCAAAAACAUUAUUUACGCAAUGUUACACAUGGGCAGAAUAUCCGCUCCAACGUGACGAUACCUGGAUCGAUCAUGUUUAGCGGGUACUUCUUAACCACAUAAAAAAGAUUCAUUUAAUUAAUACAUAGUUUUAUGAAACCUACCAUAUUUAUAAUAGUCGGUAAAAUGAUAUUUGUGUUUGAAUUAUAAUUGAUGCUGAAUUUUCUUCUAUUCUUUCGAUGUUACUCGUACAAAACUUACGCAAGUCGAACUACCAUAUUUCUGUUGUACGAUAAACUUUUCUCCUUGCAUCAGUAUACAAAUGUGGAAGCUUACCGUAUUUUACAACAACGAACCGAUAAUUGAGAAUACGUCAUAAUUGCGUUACACCUUAUAAAACGUAAAAAACGAGAUUUCACCGUAGUGAGGAACUAAUUAAUGAAAA